AUGAAAGCCUUAGACCUCCCGAAAAGCGUCGUGGGUUGGCCUAAGAAAAUUCAGAGAGACGAGAGCCACCCUCCAGAAGCCUACUACGCCAUUACGGAUUUUCUAAAGCAGCAUGUGAAUUCGAAUAAUGAAGCCAAGUUCGUAGUGACCGGCCAUAGCUUGGGCAGAGCUCUCGCUAUUCUGUUUCCUGCAAUAUUGUCGCUGCACGAUGAAACCUUGUUGUUGGAUAGACUUGAAGGAGUUUACACGUUUGAGCAACCUCGAGUUGGAGAUCAUGAAUAUGCUGACUACAUGGUGGAAGAGGAGCUGAAUAAGAACUACUUCUUGCCGUGGGCGAUGAUGUCAAUGAUGAUAAAUGCGGCAUGGGAGAUUAUGAGGAGCUUCAUUAUUGGCUUCAAAUAUGGACCGAACUACAGAGAAGGAUGGCUUCUGAGAAUUUUUAGGAUUAUUGGGUUGGCAGUCCCUGGAUUGCCUAAUCAUCUUCUUCAAGAUUAUGCCAAUGCUCAUCACAAUUCAGAUUUAAUUUGUGUUAAUCUAGAUUGA